UUUCCACCUCUGAAUGACAACGUUCUUCUAAUUCCAUUUUAUUUCUCUUCAUGAGCACUGGUUUUGUAUAUAAAGAUGCAUCGUCCUUGGGUUUUUUAAAUGCAGUCUUCUUGAAGUUCUUAUUCUACUAAAAAUCUACUUAUCUAAUUUAUUAUCUUCUGGAUAAUCAAAUUCAAACAGUCGCUCCUUUAAUACUCUUUCUAUUCAUUCCUUUAAAUCUCUAAUCUUCUCUUUCUUUUUUUAAGAAACAUCGAAAUUCCUAAAACUUCAAUUUAAUAUAUUAUAACCUCCCACUAAUCAGUUUAUUUUGCUUAAAGAAUCUCUUCAAAAACCCAUUUCCUUGAAAAAACAAAAAUGAAAUUUUCUCCAGUCUUAUUAGCUUAUUUAGCUCAUGCUAUCACUGCUCUUCCAGUUGUUGUCACCAACUAUAAAGUGGUCUAUGAAACUGUUUACGAAACCGUAGUUCAACCUGCUCCUACCACUACCGCUGCUGUAGAAGUCAAUACUGUUUAUGCAGAACCUGAAAUUGAAUACCAAACUGUUUAUAUUGAUCAAUUUGGUAACUUGAUUACUGGAGAUAACACAGAUGUUUAUGAACCUGCCGUCGAAGCCACCACUCCAACUGUUGAACCAACUGUUGAACCAACUAUUGAACCAACCACUGCCGAAGCUGAAAUUACUGUUGCUGCUGGAAACAAAAAAAUUAACGCCUAUACCACUUACUUUACCAACUAUUACACUUAUAGAUCCAAGAAUACAAAAAGAAAUUCCAGAAAGACUUCAACAACAACAUCAACACCAACCACCGUUGUUGAACCAACUACUGUUGCUGAACCAACUACAACUACAACAUCAGCUCCAGCUACUGUUGUUGAACCAACUACAACAUCAACCACCGCUGAUCCAAUUGCCACUGCUGUUUUAGAUGACUUCAACUCUGUUCUUCUUGAUACUCACAAUGAAAAAAGAUCUUUGCAUGGUCUUGAUAAUCUAGCCUGGAAUCAAACUUUGGCUAAAUACGCAUCUGAUUUUGCUACUGCUUACAGUUGUCCAUCAAAUGGUCAAUUAACUCAUUCUGGUGGCCCAUACGGUGAAAAUUUGGCUUCCGGUUACACUUCAGAAGGUACUGUUGAUGCUUGGUACAAUGAAAUUGAAUAUUACGAUUUCAGCAACCCAGGUUACAGCUCUUCUACCGGUCAUUUCACUCAAAUUGUUUGGAAAGGUUCAAAACAAAUUGGUUGUGCUUAUAAAAAAUGCGAUACUGCCUAUGGAACUUAUGUCGUUUGUGAAUAUUAUCCAGCCGGUAAUAUUAUCGGUUAUUUCGACACCAACGUCUUCCCAUUAGUUUAAAAUACAUACAUUCAAAAUUCUUAACGUUGAAUUAGACAGUUAGUUACAUAAUAUAAUUAAUUCCUUCAAAUUUAUCCAAUUUGUUUUUUUUUCCUCUUUUUUGCAGUGAGAGUCUUCAUUUACCUUUUAUGGCUGUUAUUUUUUUCAAAU